GGCCACCAUUGUGAGCACCUCCUGGGCCAGGCCACCUUGCUAACCCUGUGAGGGCCCACAUUGCACAGGUGAGACACUGAGGCCCAGACAGGUGCCAGGCAGGGGAGGAGUUGCGGUGAGGCAGGUGGCCCGGGAGGAAGUCCCAUUAACUUCAGAGCUCAGAAAACAGGACUGUCCCUCCAGAAAGGGCCUGGGUUCUUGCUGCCCCCAGGAGGCCACCAGCCCCAGUCUCAGGGAAGGACUUCCUAACCAUAAGAAUGAAGGAAGGCGGCCAGGCAUGGUGGCUUACGCCUGUAAUCCCAGCACUUUGGGAGGCCGAGGCGGACAGAUCAUGUCAGGAGUUCGAGACCAGCCUGACUGACAUAGUCAAAUCCUGUCUCUACUAAAAAUACAAAAAUUAGCCAGUAGAGACGGGGUUUCACCAUGUUAGCCAGGAUGGUCUCGAACUCCUGACCUCGUGAUCCGCCCACCUCGGCCUCCCAGGGUGCUGGGAUUACAGGCGUGAGCCACUGUGCCCGGCCAAUAUGAACUUGUUAAGAAAGAAAGACCACAGUCCGAAGCUGUCUGGCAUUCUGGUAGACGCUGGUUUUCCUCCACCGUUCCUGGCUGACCCUUCCAGGAGAGGUCCCACCCAAGCCCUGGAGGCAGGAAUGCUGACAUCAGGAAGCUUCCGUAAAAUACCAAGAGGACUGAGGCUCAGGGAGCUUCUGGACAGGGGAACACCUGGAGGUUCCCAGAGGGCGGCAACCAGCGAGGACAAGAAGCGCCAGCCCCUCCCCGUGCCUCUCUCUACACUUCUUCAUUGAUGGGGUGGCGGCUCCUCCUCUUCCUCCAGGGAGCCUUCCUGGACCCCUCCCUCCUACCCCCAGGGGAUCCUGGCUGGCCGGACACAGCUGGGCAUCUCCUAGGGCUUGGUGGAUGCCCAUGGGUCCUGUUUGCUCCACCCCCUCUGCUGAGGCCUCAGUCCUCCCAGACCUGCUAGAGUGGACCCCAGACUUCCAGGAGACCCCAGGGAGUCCCAGCAACAGAGGGGCCUACCAGUGAGGUCACAGAGCUCCGUGGCGCCCUCGGGGAAGACAGCCAGGAGACUCUGAGGAUGAAUUUUGACCAGAAGGCGGUGAAAUUCCUGGCAAAUUUUUACAUCAAUGGAGGCAAACACUGGACCCAUGGCCACCUGAGGCAGACACAACCAGAGCCCACCCAACCCAAGGCAUCUGUGCUGUUGUUGGGCCUGGAGCCAGGGAUGGCCUGGGAUGAGACACGGCCCCCAAAGAUGAAGGAAGUCCCAGCUGGCCUCAGGUUACAGACGGGCACCCCUCAGGAGUCCCUGCCCACCUACACCCAGACCCUGAGGGAGCUGUUGCUGGAGCGACGCCCCCCGAUCACAGCUGACCUGGAAGUCCCCAGCCCCACCAGGUACCAGGUGCCGAGCCCGUCCGUACGAGAGUCCUCCCCACACCCCCACUACAGCAUCGGCUGCAAGCACCAGGGCCGAGAGGGCGGUGGCCGCAGGGCAUGGCAGACUUUGUGGUUCCAGAGCGAAAGCCCCUUCACGCAGAAAGCUGACUUCGACCGAGAGCGAAAGUGGCCCUCGCCAGCCCACUACCAGCUGCUCAGCCGGCCCGCCUUCCCUGCCUUCAGCUUCAGAGGCCGCCACUCCGCUUCCAAGACACCUGAGGGCCACACACCCCUAGGGCUGCCUGGGGCUAGGGGGCUGGGCCUCAGGGUGCAGCCCCAGUCCCUGCUUCAGGCUUCUUUGCAAGCACCUGGCAAGAGACGCCCUGGCCCCAACACCUACAAUAUCCUUCCUGGGAGCCACCUGCAGAGCCCCCGCUCGCCGGCCUUCUCAAUGAGCCGCUCCCCUGCGUUCACCUCCUGGCUCAGCGCCUCCCGAACCCCUGGCCCAGCCGACUACCACGUGGAGGACUGCUACAACUCACGCUUCCCCUCGGCGCCUGGCGUGGUCAUCCAGGGUGUGCGCAGACCCAAGCGCCACGACACAGGCCCCUUCUGCACGCUCUAGAGCCAGCUGGGCACAGCCUGCUUGGCCCGGCCACCGAGUGGAACCAUGGCCUCCCCCGGGGCUUUCCCAGGCCUCCCCUGGGACUCGGGGCCCCAGCCUGGUCUUCUGACCCUCUGGGCACCCCUGAUGCACCCUUCUGGCUGGUCAACCCUCCUAUGGGCUGUGGACAAGGCUGGCCCAGCCUGGAUCCCCCAUCUGCCCAUCUCCCUGCUAUACAGAGACGCUGUUGGUUCUCCCGA